AUGAGGAAUCCUAUUGACGACGAGAGAUACGAUAUCGAGGAACCUUUCAGAUAUUUCCGCGUCGGGGAGGAGAAUGUCGGUACACGAGAUUUAGCCAAUACCGAACUGCUUUCUGUCCUUCCCGGACAACAUUACUCAAUGACCGAGAAAACACUUCGCUUGGAAUUUAGUGGCAAUGAUGAAAAAGCAAAAGCAAUGAUAUCUAUCAGUAUUCGAGUCGAUGCAUCUCCGGGUUGUGGGGGAAUCGUUUGGCCUGCUGGACAGAUUCUUUCCAAUUAUCUGAUCAACAAGGGAUCGAACUUUUUACAAGGGAAAUGCGUUGUGGAACUUGGCAGUGGAACCGGACUCGUUGGGUUAAUAGCGGCCAAGUUAGGCGCGAGCAGAGUUUGGAUCACAGAUCAAGCACCUCUUCUCGAUAUCAUGCAGCAAAACCUAUCCAUGAAUAGCCUGCAAUGUAAUUGUGUUGUAGCCGAAUUAGACUGGGGAAUGUCGAUACCUGCCGCAAUCCCGUCUCCAGACGUGAUACUGGCAGCAGAUUGCGUGUAUUUCGAACCAGCGUUCCCGCUGCUUGUUCAGACACUUGAUGCUCUCGCCACGGAAAAGACACAAGUGUUCUUUUGCUACAAAAAACGCGCUGAUAAACGAUUCUUUGGUUUGUUAAAAAAGAAGUUUACCUGGGCAGAGAUCAUGGACGACCCAAAUCGAAAUAUCUAUAAUCGGGAAUCUAUCACACUGAUCAAGCUUUCAAAAAUAGUAUAA